AAUGCACUUCCACUCUAGUGCACACAGUACUACUACAUUUAGGCCAACAGAUUAGACAUCAUUUAAGUGGUGUUUUGUAAAUUUUUAAAACCCUAUUGUAGAAAUUUAUAAAGAGUGGAAAUUUCGAAUAUUUAAAGCAAUAUUUUAACCAAACAAUUCAACAUUUUCUAAUCCUGUCACUAAGCUGCAAUCCAUCCUAUCUGAAACACAACCAAAAAAUCGUUAUCAGCCUCUGCACAGCUUCAUCCUUUGUUCGCGCAGUCGCAGUUUAUCGUUGCAAUCGCGGUGCAGCUGCAAAAAAAACCGUCAGUCUCCAAGUGACUCUCAUUGAGCAAGCAGUCAUGUCACUUAAGUUUGAUGAUCAAGGUGCACCCUUUAUCGAGGUGGGCCCCGACGUCUGCCUCAAGUUGGACCUCAGCGAGUACGACGAUGACGCGGAAUGUGUACGAAAGGCGCGGGAGGAGCUGCGCGAAACGCCGGAAGUUGUCCAGGAAAGUUUGAGGGAGUUGAGGAGUUUGCUGAAAGAUGAAAAAGAUCUCAACGUUCCCAUCGAUGACGAUAAAUUUCUGAAACGAAUUCUGCGCCCCACAAAAUAUUAUGCUGAAAGUGCAUUUGAAAUGCUUAAGGGCUUCUACAAGACUAAAGCCAACAAGAACUUCAUCUUGGACGACCUCUCUGCAAACGCUAUCAAAGUGGCUCUAGAGGAAAAAGUUAUCCAGGUUUUUCCAAAACGAGAUCAGCAUGGACGAAGGAUUAUCUACAUGGAAAUGGGAUCCAAAUGGAACAGCGCCAAGGUCCCGUUCCCCGAGCUCAUCCGAGCGUCACACGGACUCCUCACAAUCUUGCUGCUGGAACCACGCACCCAGCUCCACGGGUUUGUCUUCGUGACAAAUUUUGACCGGCUCAGCCUAGCGCAUAUGGGACAGUUUGGGCCCAAGUUUGCCAAGAUUACCCUGGACUAUGGGCAAAAAUAUGCCCCAAUUCGGGUCAAGGCCAUCAACAUUGUCAACAACGCAAAGCUGUUCAACGUUAUGUUUAAGGUGUUUAAGCCAUUUUUGGGACAAAAGUGGGGCAAGAGGAUCCACUUCCACAGCAGCGAUAUGGGAUCGCUGCAUAAGCACAUUGAUGCGAGCUGUUUGCCAACUAAACUGGGAGGAACGCUGGAGUGGCCGGAAUAUGACGGAAAGGUGCUGGUGGAAUUUGUCGAACACUAUCAGUGGUAUUUCGAUGCAAAAUCGAAGAUGGCCUCGCUCAAGUUUGACGAAAACAAGGCGCCCUACAUCGACCUGGGCAAGGACUACUGCGUCCGGCUAGAGAGUGAUGAAUACACCGACGCCAAAUCGAAGGAAAAGGCCACACGUGAGCUGCGUGAAACGCCAGAAGUCCGUGCCGAAGCGUUCAAGGAGCUGCGACGCCGGUUGCAAGAGGAAAAGUCUCUCUACGUCCCUAUUGAUGAUGAUGCAUAUUUGGUCAAGUUUCUUCGACCGUGUAAAUACUACCCGGAUAGUACGUUUGCUUUGAUGCAACGCUACUACCGCUUCAAGCUGAAGCAUCCGGACCUGUGCGACGAUCUGCUUCCGACGACGGUGAAGCACGUGUACGACGAGGGUCUGGUGUUCUUCCAGCCGCUACGUGACCAGCACGGCCGCCGGAUACUGGUGCUGGAGGUGGGCAAAAAAUGGAAACCCUCCAAGGUCCCCCUGAACGACCUGUUCCGCGCCAUGCAGGUCGCUCUGGAAGCCGGCAUGGACGAACCGCGCACCCAGCUGAACGGUUCCAUCGUGCUGCUCGACAUGGACGGGCUCUCGCUGACGCAGAUCCUGCAAUUUACGCCGCGCUUUGCGGCGAUGGCCGUCGAAUGGGUCCAGGAGUGCACCGCGAUGCGCCUCAAGGCGAUCCAUAUUGUGAACAAUUCUUACCUGUUCAAUAUGCUGUUUACGAUUUUCAAACCGUUUCUGUCCGAUAAGCUGAGAAAGAGGAUAAUUUUCCAUAACAAAGAUUGGCGAUCGCUCACGUCCCACGUAGACCCGGCCUGCUUGCGGCCCCGGUAUGGUGGCACCCUGGACGCACCGGAUUUCGAGGGCAACCUGGUUGGUGAGCUGCUCGUAAUGUACAUGAAAGAUUUUGAGUUGGCAAACUCUUACGGAUACACCAAAAAGGAGUCAUCUUAAGCGGUUAUGAGUCUUUAAUUAAGUUAAAUUUUAAAAGAAAAUUUUUAUAUGCUCUAUUUAUUGUGAUACUUUACCUGGAGAAAGGCAAUUUUAUUAGUUUUAUAAGGCAAAACAAAUGGAACAAAUAAAAAGUACUUAUGAUAUUAAAAAAAAAAA